AUGACGUCUCACUUUUUUUGGUUUUAUUUAGCUCUGACAGCUGCUCGCGCGUUCUAUCUUCCUGGCGUGGCCCCCCGGGAGUAUAAAUCUGGUGAGAAGGUCGAAUUGAAGGCGAGACCCGACGUCAAUAAGCUCACGUCUGUCCACACCCAACUUCCUUACGACUACUACAGCCAUAAAUUCUGCAAGCCGCAUGGCGGUGUCAAGACUACAGCUGAAAACCUCGGUGAAUUCCUAAGCGGCGAUCGGAUAGAAAACUCUCCGUAUGCUCUCUACAUGCGCACAGAUGAGUAUUGCAAAAUCCUCUGCCAGGUGAAGCUGAACGGUGGGCAUGUGGCACAAUUCAAACGAUCAAUUGACGAAGCUUAUCACCACAACUGGAUAGUAGACAAUAUUCCCGCCGCAAGUGUGAUUGAUACGGAGGCAUUCGUGACGACGAGUUACAGCCGAGGAUUUCCAGUAGGAUAUUAUGACCGUUUAGCAGGGAAACAUUACCUCUAUAACCACGCCAAUAUUGUGGUUGAGUAUCAUGAAGCUGUGCCGGACGGCAAUCGUAUCGUUGGUUUCUAUGUUGAGCCUUUCUCAGUCGAUCAUAAGUUCGUGGGUGGGACUGCUUGGAGUGGGAACGAAGACGCACCAGCACUUGAGACAUGCUCAAUAUUUGAACCAAUGGAUCUUGACCGCGCGAAAGACCAUGGUCUAGCUCUGACGAAGUCUACGAAGGUGCUAUACACUUACGAUAUCGUGUGGAAACCAAGCAAUAUAAAGUGGGCUUCCCGCUGGGAUAUUUAUCUCUCUAUGGAUAAUGCUGUGCCUAAGAAAGUCCAUUGGUUUUCCAUUGUCAAUUCGCUUAUGAUCGUAAUAUGCCUGAGUGGUAUGAUCGCCAUGAUCCUGGCUCGCAAUUUGCGGCGUGACAUCAGCCAAUACAACCGCGUUCCUACUGAUGAUGACGAUGACGGUGACAUUGGCACACAACCAAGUGAAGAGACGGGGUGGAAGCUUGUACACCAAGACGUGUUCCGCCCCCCUACAAUUCUGCCCAUGCUCCUUUGCGUAUUUGUUGGCAGCGGAGUGCAGGUUCUGGUUAUGGCCUUGGCGACAAUUGCAUUUGCUGCAGUUGGUUUCAUCUCGCCGGCGAAUCGUGGUUCGCUCAUGUUUGUCAUGCUCCUCCUCUUUGUGCUUAUGGGCGCUUUUGCUGGUUAUCAUUGCGCUCGCCUCUAUAAGAGUUUCAAGGGCCAGCGCUGGCAGCGUGCAACCGUUGCGACCGCAUUACUUUUCCCUGGUGGCUCGUUUAUCGUUUUUUUUGGCCUUGACCUCACGCUCGCUUCCUAUGAAGGUUCUACAGGCGCGGUGCCAAUCACCACGCUGCUUGCUCUCCUUGCUCUCUGGUUUGGCAUUUCUGUACCUUUGGUCUUUCUUGGCGCGUACUUGGGCUUUCGCAAAGAGCCCCUAGAAUUCCCAGCCAAGUUCUCGAACAUCCCCAGGCUUGUUCCGACCGCGCCCUGGUACCUUAGCACCACUUUCACUGUUGUCAUCGGUGGCGUUCUUCCAUUCGGAGCGUGUUUCGUUGAACUUUUCUUCAUUCUUUCAUCCAUGUGGAUGGACCAGUACUAUUAUGUCUUUGGCUUCACAUUCCUCGUGUUCGCCAUCCUCAUUGUUACUUGCGCUGAAAUCACCAUGGUCCUCCUCUACUUCCAGCUCUGUGCCGAAGACUACCACUGGUGGUGGCGCUCCUUCCUUACAUCAGGCUCUACUGCCGCAUAUGUCUUUCUCUAUUCAUCGUUCUACUUCUCCAAGCUCGAAUCGAAUCUCCCCAUUACCUACUUCCUCUACUUUGGCUACAUGGGUAUUAUCUCCUUUGGUAUCUUCCUCUUUACCGGCACUGUGGGCUUUUUCGCUGCUCUUUGGUUCAAUGUCGUCAUAUUCGGUUCUAUCAAAGUUGACUAA